AUGAUCAAUGGAAAACAUGUUGUGUUUGGCAAAGUGAUUGAUGGCCUCUUGGUGAUGAGGAAGAUAGAGAAUGUUCCAACUGGUGCCAACAAUAAACCCAAAAUCUCAGUUGUGAUCUCACAGUGUGGUCAGAUGUGUGAUAAGGAUAAGAGCGAGUCAUUGACAGAUGCAGAGAUUGCUGCUUGGAUCUAUGGUCGCAGCCUCCAACAGGUCACCCAGAUCCUGAGAGACAACCUUAUUACUUUCACCUCUGUGCUGGACAUGGAUCCUCGGGAUGGGAUGGUGUCUUGGGGGGAGUAUGUUGCAUACUUUCUCAAGGAGAGAAAAAUCAAUUUGAAGGAGAAGGAUCCUGAGAAGGUCAUGGAUCUCCUCAAUCGGACACUCAAGGAGGAGCUGAUGAUGGAGAAGGCAAGUUGGUAUGAAGCAGCCCGAGGGGACCCAGAUGCUCUCAACAUUGAUGAAUUCCUAUCAUUUCGUCAUCCUGAGCAAAGCCACUCCCUUCUUCUUCAGGUUGUUGACAAUGUCGCCUCAGGCCUUGAUUUUGAUGGUGAUGGGAUGUUGUCUCUGGAGGAGUUUCUUGCUUUGAAACUGGAGGAUCUUGGAACUGAGAAUGCAAAAAUCCAGGCUCUUUUCUCAGGAGACCUCAAGGAAACCUUCAAGGUCAUGGAUACAUCAGGAGAUGGGUCCUUAUCCCGGCGAGAAGUCCUGGAGUAUGUGGACCCCAGAAAUAGGGCUCACUCACUGCGAGUAGCAAAAUGGUUGGUGAAGCAGGCAGAUGAGAAUCAAGAUGGGGUCCUGUCGUUUCAAGAAGGAAGACACUUCGUUUUCCAAAGUAGAGAUGACACUGCCAUACCUGUCAUCACAGGAUCCUCCAGCAAUAACUGUGAGAGAUUUACUCGCACCAGCAUGGUCAAUGUACCCCUUGAUACGUUUGAACGCUCGGUCAUCUAUCACUGCCGACAUGAAGACUUCAAAGUGUUGGAAAGUCCUAAACAAAUGAUCCAUUCAAUGCAACCCAAGGCAGAGAGCAGAGGGAGGGUUCAAUGGAUAGCAGAAGAAGCAACAAACGCGACAGAUCCAGUGAAGUUGAUCCCAGCCAGUUCAGGACUAGAUGUGAUGGACGCCAUGUGCAUGUUGGGUCAAGCUGAGCCAUUUUCCAUUGAGAGGCGGGCUCGGGGUCCACAAAUCCUCUCUGGUGGAAGUGGAGGUGGGGGCUGGGCGGAGCUGCUGGAUUAA